AGGGCCUUUGGACACAUUCAUUCUCGUAUUGGCAACCCCACUGUCGAUGUCUUCAAGACUCGAAUGGCUGCCCUUGAAGGUGGUGUUGCAGCUGUCGCAACGGCCUCCGGGAGUCAGUCUGCGCAAUUCCUUGCUAUUUCCACGAUAGCCAGUGCAGGUGACAACAUCGUUUCAACAUCAUAUCUCUACGGAGGGGUAAGUCUAUUAUUUUCAGGAGUCAAGGGAUUACAUACAACCAGUUCAAAGGUUCACCUGUCAGCGUCUUACUACCAUAUCAUGGCGAAAGUGCGCAUGCUAAUCAUUGUCAAUGGACUGCUGCUCAUGUCAAAUCAACAGGUUGCACAUGAUCACAGCAUCCCCUUAAUUGUGAACAAUAUGUUUGGAAUUGGAGGAUACCUCAUCCGACCCAUCGAUUUGGGUGCAGACAUUGUUGUGCACAGUGCAACCAAGUGGAUCGGAGGUCAUGGAACAACAAUUGCAGGUGUUGUCAUCGAUUCAGGCAAAUUCAACUGGGCACGCUCCGGCAAGUUCCCGUCGUUCACUUCUCCCUCCGAGGGAUACCAUGGCCUGAUCUUUCACGACACAUUUGGUGCUGUCGCUUUCGCUAUCAAGCUUCGUGUCGAGCUCCUCCGUGAUUUGGGACCAGCCUUGAACCCAUUCGCCACAUUCUUGCUCAUUCAAGGUAUUGAAACGCUUAGCUUGAGGGCUCGAAGGCACUCUGAAAAUGCUUUAGCGCUUGCUCAGUGGCUGUCAAGACAUGAGAAAGUCGCAUGGGUUUCCUAUCUUGGCCUAGAGAGUCACCCGUAUCACCAAAGGGCGAAGCAGCUUCUCCGCCCAAACGCCUUUGGUGGUGUUCUCAGCUUCGGCAUCAAGGGUGAUGUUAGCGUGGCAAGCACGGUUGUCGACGGCCUAAAAUUGGCUAGUAAUCUCGCAAACGUCGGCGAUGCCAAGACCCUUGUCAUCCACCCUGCGUCAACGACGCACCAACAGCUGAGUGACGAGGAGCAGCUGUCUUCGGGGGUCAUGCCUGAUUUGAUCCGGGUGCGUGAUGCGUGUCUGGGCAUCGAACACAUUAAUGAUAUCAUCGCGGACUUUGAGCAGGCUUCGAGGCAAGCACCCUGA